AUGAACCGCCAUAACCCCGAAUCCCACUGGAGAACUGAAGCUGGCAAGCACAGGAGGGACGACAACCUUCUUCCCCCCGUGAUCUAUGCAACAGGAUACCAUCCUAGUCCAGUCCCCAAUGCCGCGCUGCAACUCUCCGUCGCAGAGUCCUCCCACGAUGCGGCCAAGCAACCAACUCAGGCGCGCUUCUAUACCGACCGAGCCGCCAGCCUCCAGUACCUCCCCGUCUACGCGCCUGUGGCUGCUUCAACCAUGAGUUUCGGCCGGCGUGUGUUGGAGCAAACCCCUAGCCUGACCAGCGGCUGUUCGAGGGGAACGGCAGCGGCAGCGGCAGCGGCAGCAAGCAGCCGUGAGGCUCUAUCGUCUUUGCUCGCCCACUCGACAUACACGACGACACGACGACACGACGACACGACGACCACUUACACCACUAUACACAGUUUCACACGUCCCACACUAGAAUCCCACAAACCACACCUACCUACAACUACACCAACAGCGUGCGACCGGUCCGUUCACUGGGAGGGAGAACCGGGGCUGGGUGGGCAUCCAGCGAAACCCCGAGUAAUGCGGCUCAAGUUGGUUUCCCAGCCCCGCCCAGUCCAGCCCAGCUUUCCGCCCUGGGCGCUAAUCGACACGUCCGACGUAAGGGAUGGGGACGGAGGGUGGAGAGGAAACGGGUGGACGGGAACGACUCUAAGCCUCUGA